GUGAUUAGGGAAGCAGCUCAAGAGGUGGAUGGUAAACUUCAGCUCUUCAAAGAGAAUCGGAGGAGAAAAAAAGAAAGGAAAGGGAAAAAGCGCCAGAAGAAAGGAGACGAAUGCAGCCUUCCUGGACUCACUUGCUUUACUCAUGACAACAAUCACUGGCAGACUGCACCAUUCUGGAACUUGGGAUCAUUCUGUGCUUGUACAAGCUCCAACAACAACACUUACUGGUGUUUGCGAACAGUAAAUGAAACACACAACUUCCUCUUCUGUGAAUUUGCUACAGGAUUUUUGGAGUAUUUUGAUAUGAAUACUGACCCCUAUCAGCUAACAAAUUCAGUUCACACGGUAGAAAGAGGCAUUUUGAACCAGCUACAUCUUCAGCUAAUGGAGCUACGAAGUUGUCAAGGUUAUAAGCAGUGCAAUCCGAGACCUAAGGGACCUGACACAGAGGACACUUAUGGCAUGGAUGGGAAGGCUAAGCUCCCAAAUUUCACAGAAAGCAUCAACUGGCAAGGACUGGAAGAUUUGUACAGUGUGAAUGAAAGUUUAUAUGAAGCCAGAAACAACUACAGAGUUAGUCCUGAUGACUGGAGAAAUUACUUGAAGGAUGUAGAUAGAAUCUUUGCACUGCUGAACAGUUACUCUAAGCAAAAUCAAAGAGCAAAGGCUCACACUGCUAAUGCCAGGGGGAACUUGGAUGAAUCAUCCACAUCAUUUUCCUUGCAGGGAAUGAGCUCUGCUGAAACAGAUGAAGGUUCGAGUGGGCUGACAACCCAAGAGGCUCAACCUAUCAUCCCAACAGAUUUUGGAGACCUGACCUUGAGCACAGCAGUGUCAAGCGAGGAGGACAGACUUCAAUUAAGCAAUGAUAUUCCUCCAAAAAGGAGUACAAAUCCACAGCAAUGGAAUAGUCAGCAAGCCAAAACAUGGCUGAAGUUUGAAGAGCCAGUUAAUUUGGAAAUGGAUUUUAGUGGGAACGAUUUGACAGAGCUGGAGUCCAGACACAGCUUCAUCUUGCAACCAGUUAAUAUUAUUCAGAAAGCCUCUGUCGCAGACAAAGAUUUUACACAGGGUAUUUUUGAAGAGCAAGUCUACCUUCCCAUGAAAUCUGCUGCAAAAAUAAUCAGUUGGGCUUUAAAUACAUUUGUUCUGCAACAUAAAACUGAAAUGUUCUUGAGAAAAAGGGAAGGUUUUCAGAAAUCUUCACAGCUUCUAAAUGAAGAAGGCAGUGCUUCAAAUCCACUCCCCUCAAAUUAGAUUGUGUAAGCAAGUCAGAUGUUAUUUAGCUGACAAAUGAAAUGACAAUUUUGUAGCAAAAUUCCAGUAGUGUAUAUUUUAUAUGCACAUAUACACAUUCUUGUCAAUGUGGAUGCAGCUACAAUUCCAGUAUUAAAAAAGCACCAUUAUGACACUUUUUUAGUCAGAGCCCUAUUUUUUAGAGUAGUAUAAAUGCACCUUCAAAGGAAAUGAGUUCCUUAUUUUUCUGUUCUCAUGACAAAUAUUCUUAUCCCAUGUUCGAGUAAUUUUUAUUAAUUUGAACCACUAAAAUUUCAUACUGUCAAAGUAAACUUACAUGCCCUUUUGUAAUUUGUGCGCCAUACUCUUUAUUAAUCUGACACUUCUACAUGUUCUUAGUUUUGCUAAUACGAUGUAAUUUGCAAAACAAUAAAAGAAGUUGCUAGAGAAUAUAAUAUGUAGCAUGGAUUGUAAAAAGCAAUUAUCGGUAUAUUGAGCAGAUAAUCAUGCUUGAUUUAAAACCUUUAUGUUCAAAUUGAUUCGUGGUAUUUUUUUUCUUAGAUGUAACAAAUAGAAGACUUAACAGAAAGAGUUAAACUGAGUUAAUUUUCUGACAGAUGGAGCUAAAAAGUAAUUAAGAUUUUUAUUUUUUUCAGGAAAGGAAGUUUGAUUUCCAUUUUGCAAAAAGUCUUAAUGUAUUCAUAGCUGUUCUAGUCAUUUUAGAAUAAAAUCCAGUCCAAAGAAAAGUUCUGUAUACAAAUAUGCUUUAUAUUGUAUUGUAUCCUGGCACACUUGUAGAAGUGCAACCUCCCCGUUUUUUAAACACAACAUAAUGUGAAAUUGCACAAUCAUAUGCAAUCAUACAUUGUAGCUGUACCUCUUAAACAGCAAGCUCCUGUACACAGAGAGUAAUGCUAUGUGCAAACGCACUUCUUCACUCUUCUCCAGAGUCGAGGAAAGGAAUACUUCUGAUAGAAGUAUCAGUGAAGCUUGCAUAUGUUGGUUAAUUGAAGUGCUUUAGAAUAUAACAUCUGAGCAGGAAAAAUAGGUACAGUCAUCUGGAAUUGUGUGAUGGUGUGUAAAUUAU